CCCGCUCCGAGGGGCUGCAUUGCGGUCCGGCAGCGGCAGCAGACAAAAGCCGAGCCGCGGCGCCGGCGAGCACAAAGAGCCGCUCCGUCCUCCGAGCCCCUCGUUCCUCGCACAGCCUGAAAAUGCUGGACACCAUCAGCAGCCAGUACGAUUCCUUCAUCUACUGGAGGAUGCCGAUCCCGCGACUGGACGUGGCGGAGCUGGAGGGGCUGGGGCUCAGCGACGCGGCCCUCUACAAACCCAAGGGAGGGCUGGGCAAGUUCGCCGGCGAGCGGAAACAGGCCAGCCAGGACAGCUCCGAAGAGGAGGACAGUCUGCUGCAGUUCAACAGCUUUAAUUUCUGGAGAGCUCCCAUCGCUAGCAUCAGCUCGUUAGAUUUUGAUCUAAUUUGAAGCCCUCCCUCCCCUCCCCCUGCCCCCCUGCCUUCUCUCUCUCUCUCUCUGCUAGGCAUGCAAGGAUUUGGUUUUGUUAGUUCUGUACAUUGUGAGUUUGGGGGUUGUUUUUUCUUUCCAGGCAGUUUUUGACAUUGCAAAUUAACUCAGUGGUUCACCCCGGCCCUGUUGGUGACUGAUAGUUGGGCUCUCCACACAGUUUCAGCCUCUGUCUCCACCUGUUCCCUGUUUUCUUCCCUUCCUGCAGCAAUGCUGGAAAUUCCAUGAUAGCGCAAGCAGCGGCUAACGUAGCUGGGGGCAAAUGUAAGCAGAAGGGGCAGAAACAGCCACCCAACUGCCCCCCGCGCCCAUGCCACAGAGCAGGGGACACGCGGGGAGGUGUCCGGGCACAGCCUGCACCCCGUGGCCACGACUGUGUGCGUCCCUGUGCGCCGGGACUGUGUUGUCACAGCGGGAGGGGCUGCGUUUCAGCUCGUUCCUCUCCUGCUUUUUUAAGCAACUCAUUUGUGCAAAGGGAGCAGUGCGGGACCUCCAUUAGCUGAUGGGGAUGGUCUUCGCUUUGCAGACAGCAUCCUCCCUGCUUCUCUCCCAGGGACACACAGAGACCCGUGAGGCUCUGUGUCCCGCUGGCCCAGUUUCUCCAGAUGCUGAUUUGUUCCCUGACCUUCCCCAUGGGAUAACUAAGGGCAUAUGAGUCAACUCUCUUUCUUGAAAAAAAAGUAUCCCUUAAAGCCUUGCAGCCUGAGCCCAGCCUGGAGAAACAACAGCCCAGAGGGUAAAUAUGCAGCAGCUGAAGCAUGGAAAUGCUCUAGCCUUGUUUGUGGGCAGUUAAUAGGGUUAUGGUUGGGUGUUCACUGCACUGGAUUCGAUUUUCUCCCUUUAUUAUGCCCUGCUUACCUGAGCCCAGGCCUGACUCCUGACUCGGACAGUGGCUGGGGUGCAGCGUGGGGCUGUCCCGUUUGCAGCCAGCCAGCUGGGCCGGAUGGGUAACGAGCUGAGCUGAAAGAUAGAAAAUUAAUUUGAUGUCACCCUGAAAUGAAAAUGUUUCUGGUUCCCCGCCCAAUUAUCAGCCCCUUUCAAAAUAACAACCAGAAGUGCUGCAUUCGCUCAAAUGGAAAUCUUGGCCACAUGCUGUAAAGUGUUUUGCUUGGCGGAAGUUUUAACCUGGGUUCUCGACAGGCUGAGGUCUAUUUCUCAGUGGCAUUUCGAAAUGGGGGAAGGAAAAAAAACCCCCAACUGUGAAUCAUUCUGGCUUUUACACAGGUUUUUCACAAGGUUGUUUUCUAGAGGGAGCCAAUCUGACAAGUUUGUUGUCCUGAAUGUGCUUUCUGGCUUUGAUUCAUUUCCAUGGGCCAGUUUGUGAAACUGUGAUGGAUAUUGGUGAAAUUGUGAUGUGGAGAGUCUUAAAACUGUCCUAGGAGUGAGGGGGUAGGUGAUCAGUGGGAGGCUGAGGCAGCCUGAACACCUACAAGGCUCCGAAAAGAGGCAAAUAUUGGAAAAACCUGCACUCCAUUAAAAAAAAAAAAAAAAGUGCAGCUCUCCUGUAAUCUCCAGAAAUUACCCAGCCUGCUAAUUUUAAAUCACCUAUUUUAAACCAGAGGUGAAAAAUGUAAACUCUACUAUGCGGAGCUGUUUGAUUUCUGUGUUCCAAGCUGUGGAAACUGCAGAAGUAUUUAUUAUGAAACUUUAAAUAAAAUUAUUAAAAAAAAUACACAUUCCUGUGGACACUUAAGAAUCCAUAUAGACUGGAAUCCGGCUCUUUCUGUAAUUUGCCAUUAAAUUGUUUAAAGUCUUUUUAACUGUGAACUGAAAACCGAAAUGAAAACAUGUAGCCUUGGACAUAACAUCUGUUUUUUUGGUUGGAAUGCUGGAAAUUGAAGAGGAUGCUAAAUAAAAGGCCUAUUUCUGUGCCCCCUGCA